GCGUCUGUACUAAGCACUCUUUGAUAUUAUUACAACAAUUCAGACAGCCCCUGGUAACAUCCUUUGGAAACAGCAAAGGUUCCAUUGGAUCGGCACAAACUCCAUUUGGUAGGCAGGGAGCGAACUGCCCAGCCCUUGAGUCUGCAACUCGUCUGAGCCUGGCUGCACCAUGGCUACUUCAGAGAAUGAAGGGGAUUCUCAGAAAUUGCGUUUUGGCCCCUGGCUGAUUAAAGAGAUCAACAGCAACAAGUAUGAAGGGAUCCGCUGGACAAAUGAAGCCCACACUGAGUUUCGUAUCCCUUGGAAACACAAUUCCAGGAGGGAUAUUACCAACAAUGAUAAUGAGAUUUUCAGGGCCUGGGCCAUUGCCAGUGGAAAGUACCAUCCAAAUAUCCAAGAUCGAGCCAGGUGGAAAACCAACUUUCGCUGUGCCCUGUGUUCCACUAACAUGUUCGUGAUGGUGGAAGAUAAUUCCAAGAACUCCGACGACCCCCACAAAGUGUACAGAAUCAAGCAGCCCCUCGCUGUGGCAACAAACAAUGCUCCCGCUACUGCAAACCAUAUACUGCAGGAGGAUAAAGACGACAAAGACAAGCUUGACAUGAGACCUCCUACUGUGAAAGUCCCCAUUCUGUCACAACCUACAUCUCGGAUAGAGCUGCAGAUAGAAAAUGGUUUUCAGAGUUUAUCACUGAGAAACCCUCCUCAAGAAAUGGACAGCAUGCAGGCUGGAAGGGCAGACUACUACCUCUUUCGGGAUCAGAUGAACAUCUGCCAUCAUUCCACUUCAAAUGAUUACCCUGAUGAACCUGACCUACUGGAGUGGUUUAUGAGCCCUUCGUUGCUGCCCCUCAUUGCUGGAGAGGAAGGUCCAUACUAUCAACCAAACCAAAGUAAUUACCCCCAAGAGGAGAACAGAGUGCCAAAUGGACCAGUGGAGAAUUAUACCCCAGUUAUCCACUGGGCAGUCGAACCUGUGGCAGAAUUCCAUCCAGUGCAGAAUGGUUAUACCCCUUCUGCUGCUUCAUUUCUCCAGCAGGACCUUUCACACAGUGCUGCCAUACCUGUUACAGGUCACCUUAAUAACACAGGAAUCCUGUCUGAAGGGAGAUCUCAGCACAGCAACCACCCUGGUAACCAGAACAUCUUCCUGAAUGAAGCCCCUGAUGGAAAUGCCACUGUCUAUCAAACUGAGCUAGCAGAGAAUGGCUCUAACCAGUUGGCGGACCAGUGGAUGGCCCCCGCCUCAGCGGAGCAGAUUAUGCUCAACCCCCAUGCUGCCCCCCUUCCACAGGAACCUUCUCACAACACAGUCCCUCUGCUGAACAACACAGGAACCGUCCCACCCAAUCUGGAGAUCACCAUCUACUACCGGGGGAAGCAGUCCCACCUCGUGGAAGUGACCCAGAGCAAGUGCCUGUUCACAUACAAUAAUGAAGACCCUGCCCUCCCCCAGGACUGCAUGCAGGUGGUGCAUUUCCCAAGUCCAGACCAUUUGGCAGAUCACAAGCAGGUUCAUUUCACCAAGCAUCUGCUCCAGAAUGCCAGGCUGCAGCUGGAGCAGCGAAACAACAGGAUCUAUGCCCGACGCCUGGAUAAAUGCAAGGUUUUCUGGGCCUUCUCCAAGCAGCUGGCCAAUAUGACUCAGUGCCCUGAGCCUAGGCUGCUGCCACGCAGUACAGAUGUGGAGCUCUACAACUAUGAGGCGUUCUGGGAAGAGCUGAAGGACUUUCAUGAGCACCGCAGGGAGUGUUCUCCUGACUUCACCAUUUACCUUUGCUUUGGGCAGUGCUUCUCAGAGACCAGGGCCAAGGAAACCAAGUUGAUCCUGGUAAAGCUGGUGCCUAAGUUCUGCGAGAAUCUCCAUGAGAUGGUGCUGAGAGAAGGCACCUCAUCCCUGAACAGUGGGAACCUGAGCCUGCAAAUGUCCACCUCUUUCAACAGCCUGUAUGCCUUCCUCGAGCAAUUCAGCAUGCAAAUCGAGUGAGCCCCCUCUCCUCCUAAAGUGCCUUCUGGGGGGCGAGUAACAGCUGCUCUCAUUCCAUGCCUGAGCCUCUGCAUGACUGGGCUACAUUUGAAAAUACUCCACCCCACCACCCUGCUAUUAGUGUGGGGCUUUAGGAUCCCAUCUGGAAACAUGGGCUAGAUGAGGUGAGGUCCUGUAAUAAAUGAAUGAUGCAGUUGAGAUCAGUCGGCUCAGCCGCUGUAGAACAGUCAUGCAUGUAUAACUAUGACACAUGAUUGCUCACUAAGGUCUUGCUUCCUCUUUUCUCAUUAAAGGAGCCUGGAUCACUUCAGCUCUCUUAAUAGAAGAGAGUCAGUCUUAUAUCUGUUAAUUUUUCUAGCCCAGCCUUUAGAAAGAUCACAUCCUUUGAUGAUCCAAGUGUAUUUUAAAAAAGGGGGGAGGGGUUAGAAAUGGGGGGAAGCAGGUCUUCCCAAAACUACAUACCAAGAGACCUUGAAAUAGUGAAUGAAAUCUUGACCUUAUUGCUUUUAAUUGGAGGGAGGGAGAGGGGGGUAGGUUGCUAUCUAUGGCUAUAAAGGUCAGGAUUUCAGCUGCCCGUUUUGGCAGUAUGUCAAGAAUGAAGAGCAUAUUUUUUUUUAUAAAACAGGCCUCCAUGUAGCUUUUUAAAUUCUCUUUACUGUUUAGGUUGUACAAGUAAAUCUUGGUUUUGUUUAGCUUCCUUUUGUUAACACAGGCCUUUGCAUUGCACCACAAGGUAUGCAGGGCUUUCCUGAGGGAUCCUUCUGGGAACGAGGGGGCCAGCUUGGGCCUCUGUUGGAGGCAACUGAUUUUCCAGAAAGGUUGUAUAUCUGCCUCUUUGAAGCCAGGCUUUUUUGAGGGUUCAAGCUGGCACACAAAACAACUAGCAAACCUGGCCCUUGCAGGUUGGUAGACAACAGGCUUGUAGACAACAGGCUGGCAGCAGGAAUAGCUUCUGGGUUUCUGUUCAGUGGUUGAAUUAAGGGACCCAUAUCUGCAUGGUCAGAAGCCUCUGGCUUGAGAGCUGUGCUGUCCCUUCCUUUAUAUUCCUGUACAUUCCUUAAUGGGCUAGAGGUCUUAGCUCAGCCCCUGAGCUAUUGGCCUCAGCCUUCCUCUUGUCUGACUGGGACACCAGAGCUGCUCUUUUCCAGCUGGCUAGGAAUGGAUCCCAUUUCUACACCAACUGCUGCUAUCACUCAUCUUGUUCCAGUUAGGAAUACAAAAAAGCUCCUGGGGUGGGGGGAGAAUCUGAUCUGUUUAGAGUCCAUGACAAAUGGAAAAACACAGUUAGCCCUAAAGCUUGCAAAGUACCUUGGAAAUUGGGCUGCUUGCCUCAAAAGUAGGAAGAAGAGAUGGAAAGGGACAGCUACAGGGGAAAGUGGGAGAGGAACAGGUGAGCUGAGCAAGGUUGACAGCAGCUUCUUACCUCAUUGGCCACAUGCAUCAACUCUUCUGGAAAAGCAGCAGCUCUUCUGUCUCUGGGCGGAGGAUCUUCUAGGAGCGGGUAUUCACGACUCAAAUGUUUAAUGGGUCGUUUCAGGUUUUUUUGAUGACGUCCUAUUUCAUGACACGAUACAGCCAUGUGGUCCUUCCAGUCCCUGCAGCCUAGCCAAUGCUUUUAUUGGGAGAUGACUGCUUACCUAAGCUGCAGGCAGUUUUCACCCCGAUGGGUUGUAAUUCUAUUAAUAAUCUAGAGAGAUUUAGUGAGAGAGGCAGCCAAUGACACUCCAGGUCCUCUGAAUUUGGCUUGGGAGGUUGCAAUGGCUGUAGGUAACAGAUAUAAGAACGUCUAGACCCCACAGUCACUGGUGUCCCUGUUCCAAAUAUGUUCUACAGCAAUUUUUUCUAUCUGAACAAAAGGCCCUAGCUAUAUUGCAGAUCGUGCCUCAACUCCAUGCACAUUAGCGUUAACCUGUCCAUACAGGCCACAUUGCACAGCCAUAUUUCCAUCAGUCCAGCACGAGGAGCUCUUCUACUGUGGUGCAGAAUUUCUACUAUGGUGCAAAGCAAUGUUGUCCUUAUUUGCAGAGAUGGGAGGUAAAACGGUCUCCCUAUUGCAAACAUGGUUUAGAAACUCAUUUUUUGCACAGAGAGGGGCUGUGGGAUUGUCAGAUCUCAGUGCAACUACAUGGUUGUUGACAACCAUCUAUAGGGACAUGAACUGCAGCGAGACUGCUGUGUUUUUUAGUCUGUAGUGGGGACAGGCUGUUAGCUGUCAGCAUGAAAUGCCAGCAUGGUUUGAUGUGAAGCAGCAGGGUCUAUUGAGCUAAAUGCACUUUGUAAGCUAUCUAGUUAGAAAGCACCUAAAUUACUUGAGCACCUUCAAUAUCCUAAACAGAGGGAAUUUCCUUUUUGUACCCAAUUUGGAGUAUGAGUUACACCUCUAUUAUCCUUCUGUUAAGAUCUGGGCCAGGGACUGGAAGAAAUACAAGGACACUAAAAGCACCAGCUUUUUUGUGGCGAGGCCAUCAAACCCCAUGGCUCAGCAUCUGCACUACACCGUGAGGUGCUAAAUCAAUAUUUUGUUAUAAAUACAAAGUUUGGUACUGUACUUUAAUAAAUUUGUUUUAGGUAUUGCUUUCUCCCAUACACUUGAAUAAAAGGCCUUCUUCAACUGGUUCCAACUGACAUAGCCCCACGGAGAUCAAGGGAGGCUUAUAUUAUCUACAAAAGUGGCCUUUGAUGAUGUUAAUCAGGAAGUGGCUAAUAGUCACUGAAGGCCUAGUCCAGAUUCUGCGUGAGUCUGAGUAGUCUCAGCUGCUAACUGACAUCAGAAUUGGGUCUCAAGGAAAAAAAAAAAAGACCAGCAUCAAGUUGGCAGACCUAGAACUCAUGGCUCUCUAUGAGGGGGACAAUAGUGAACAUCAGGAAUCAAUUGAAGAAACAUGGCCUCAAUCCAAAGUCCAGCAUGAACCAUUUCAAGGGACUCUCUUGGCUUUGGAUCCAUCGUACGAUGCUGAAGGCAUCACACAUUUGACAGCCUGUUGAUAAUGUCUAAUGAGGGAGAAUCAUUGCAAUAGCACACUUGGUGUGCUAGUUUUUGUACAUAGUUUUAAUUUAUACCUGAGGGUUUUUUUCCCCCCCACCUUGUAUCAAUUCUGCAUAGAGCAAACCUCUCCUGUACAUCAGCUGCUGACAUGGGGGGGGAAUUAUUUUAGCAUUGCUUUUUCUGCCAUAUUGACAGCAUAGCUAAACAUGUGCAUUUUUUCUAUGCGUUUGUGUAAAUAAAAUGACAUGUCUACAA